AUGCCCCCUAAACCCCCCCGUCCCCGCUUGAUGCAUUUCCUCUGCAUCCCCCUCACAACCCCCUCCUCUUACCCCCAACUUCAACACUCCCUCCGCGUCUUCAAAAACGACGUCACCUCUCCCCCCACCUCCGAACACCCCAACCGUGUUCCCAUCCCCUCAGAUGCCAUCCGUCCCCUUUCCACCCUACAUCUCACCAUCGGGGUGAUGAGUCUCGAAACCACGGAGCGAAUUCAAGGCGCCAUAUCCAUUCUCCAAGGAAUAUUCUCUUCCCCCUCCCCUUCCCUAGUUCCCAAGAAAGAAAAGGAAAAAGACGGCACCGAAAAAAACCAACCAUACAAAAAAGACAAUGAAGAAAUCAAACUCCCCAAGAUAACACUCACCUCCCUCCACCCCAUGCACCAACCCUGGUCAACAUCCAUUCUCUACACCUCCCCCCGCGAUCCGCACUCGCAUCUCCAAACCUUCUGUCAAUCCCUCAAAGACGUCUUCACAAGCGCCGGGUUCAUGCUCCCCGAAGAAAAAGGACGAAGCUUAUUACUGCACGCUACGAUUGUCAAUACAAUCUACGUGCGCGGGGUACGUCAAGAUUCUAGCACCGGCACGAGAGGAACCGGGACCGGGAACGCACGUGGAGAUAGAGGAAGAGGGAGAAGAGGAAGUUCCGCGGGCCAUGGAAAGCACAAAGCAUGUUUGAUGUUUGAUGUACGGGAUAUCAUUUCUAAGUACGCCGAUUUCACGUGGAUGCGCGAUGUACGGGUUGAGAAAGUGGCGAUCUGUAGGAUGGGGGCGAAAAAGAAGGGGGAUGGGGAUGAGGAGUAUGAGGUGGAGGCUGAAAUCGAGGUACCUUGCAUUUGA